AUGUCGGCAAUGGAUUUGGUGAAAGCCGCUGUGAGAACUUUGUACCCUUGGACUCGACAUCGAGGUUACGAUGUGUCCAAUCACGACAAGGGACGCCAUCACCACCUGUACCAGAAGUCUGAAGAGCGAACACGUCACAAAAGAUUCGCGAUAGUAGAUCUCUUACAGGAUAUUCUAAACGAACAGGAAAAGGCCAUUGAACGUUACUGUAGUGGUAACCAAACCAGAGUGUGUUCUAAAGGACCCAAGGGCUAUACUGGUCCACCAGGAAAUCAAGGUGCUAAAGGCGUGACUGCUGCUCCUGGACCUAAAGGUGACCCAGGAACGACGGGUUUGAAAGGUCAAAAGGGUGACCUCGGUCCGAGAGGUCAGAAGGGAGUCAAAGGUCAACAAGGAAUAAAUGGCGACCCAGGAAUCCGGGGAAUAAAAGGUAUCAAGGGACUGCCUGGUCCGAAAGGAAUCCAAGGACCAACGGGAACAAAAGGUCACAGAGGGUCAAAGGGUGACCAAGGAGUUCACGGCCAAGUGGGAGACAGAGGCCCUAAAGGGUUAAAGGGAGACAAAGGAGCACAAGGUCCUGCAGGGGAAGCCGGAGUUCAAGGUGAGAAGGGCACUAAGGGAGAACCUGGUCCUCCUGGGCCGUCUGCAUAUCAGCUUGGACCUGGCUGUGAAUGUCUUAAGCGUCCAAAGAUUAUUGGCCCCCACAGACGUGUCCUGAAGGUCCCUCUAGGGGGCCACGCGACCUUCACCUGUGUGGCAGGUGGUAACCCGGAACCUGUGAUAGAGUGGAACGGAACAAGUAGUCGGACCGUUGACAUAGCGCACACAGUACUGACGGACUAUUACGAAUACAUCUGCACUGCAUCGAGCGCCAUCGGAAAUGACCGGAAAUUUGUUACAUUAACAAAAUGACCUACUAUUGAAAACUCUUCUUAUAGGGAAAAAAUACCACAGGCGGAUGAGUCUUGAACACUAUAGGAAGUAAAAUAAAUGAAACUUGGUUUAUA